GUGAGGUUCAGGUUUUUUCUUCAUCGCUUUUCAUUUGGAAUUGCACUUCCGGCUUUGGAUGGCUACUAUUUAAUCAUAGUUGAUUUUGAUUUCCUGGAAAUACAUUCAACUACCACUCAUUUUUUCUUUUUAAUUGAUUUUGAUUUUCUGGAAACACAUUCAACUACCACUCAUUCUUUCUUUUUAGUUGAUUUUGAUUUUCUGAAAACACAUUCAACUACCACUCAUUCUUUCUUUUUAGGUGAGGUAAGGUUCGGUUUUUUUCUUUAUCGCUCUUCGUUUGAAAUUGCACUUCCGGCUUUGGGUGGCUGCUAUUUAAUCGUAGUUGAUUUUGGCUUCCUGAAAACACAUUCAACUAUCACUCAUUCUUUCUUUUUAGGUGAAGUUCGGGUGAGGUUCAGUUUUUUUCUUCAUCGCUCUUCGUUUGGAAUUGCACUUUCAGCUUUGGAUGGCUACUAUUUAAUCAUAGUUGAUUUUGAUUUCCUGGAAACACAUUCAACUACCACUCAUUCUUUCUUUUUAGGUGAGUUUCAGUUUUUUUCUUCAUUGCUUCUUCGUUUGGAAUUGCACUUCUGGCUUUGA